AUGAACCAGCCAGACCGCUUCGAGACUUUCUACACAGAGCCGGGUGAGAUCAAACUCAAGAUCGAGCCAGACUCGAAGCUACCAAAUACAGUCACCGUAACUUUUGACAAGGAAGAUCAUACACUGGGGAACAUGCUUAGAGCACAACUACUCCAGAACGAGCACGUAAUCUUUGCUGGAUACAAGGUUAACCACCCGCAAUUGUAUAACAGCUUCUUUCUUCGCGUGCAAACAGCCGAAGGCCACGAGCCAAAAGACGCCAUUAUGAGCGCGUGUCAGUCGUUGAUCGUUCAUCUCAACGAUCUCAAGUCAAGGUUUCAGGAAUCUUGGGCGCUCAGGGGUGCGGUAGCGGACGCGAUGGAGGAGUGA